CAGAUGAACUUUCUUAGUAUUUAUUAGGCUGAGAUUAUUGGCUAACUUCUGCAAAAGAUCUUUGGUCUUUUCACAUACUUCUAUCAGGAGUGAGAAAAAACAAUCUGUCCAGUAAGACACACAUCAAGAGUGCUAAUUACCUGGACGGAGAAAGUUGCCAUCAUUUAUCUUGUUCUUAUGUCAUCAUGGAUCUUUAGCAGGAGUUCCUAAGAUAAAAAGAUAGUGAACUUUGGAAUUGUUCCUUGAUUACAACUACUGCUUACUUUCUGAACAUAAUGUCUCUCUUAUUGACCCACCCAAGACAAUUUCAUUAUAACAUAAAAGCAUAGAAUAUUUUAGAUUGGAAGGAACUUCUGGAGGUCAUCUGGUCCAACAGCUCAUGCAAAACCAGGCCAAAUUAGAUCAAGUUUCUCAGGGUGUCAUCCAGAUAAGCACCUCCAAGGAUGGAGAUUCUGCGGCCACUCUAGGCUCUUGUUCUAGUAUCUGAAAGCAUCCAAGAUUAAAAAGCUGUCCUUACAUCUGUCUAAUUAGAAUUUUCCUUGCUGUAAUUUGUAUCUGUUACCUCUCAUCAGUAUUAACAUCCAAGAAUAAUAUGGAUCUGUAUUUUUCUGCACCAUCCAGUUAGGCACUUGAAGACAUAAAUAAGAUCUUUAAUUUACUUUCUUUUUCCAAGGUUGAACAGACCCAGCUCUCUCAGCCUCUUUGAAUGUGUUGCGCUUCAAAACCUAAGCCACCCUAGUGGACUAGCUCCAGUAUGUCAAAGACACGGAGAGCUCAAAACUAGAGACAGCACUCACAUGUAGCCUUACAAGUGCCAAACAGCAGGGAACAAUCCCUUGACUGACUUGCUGGAUAUAUUCUGAUAUUGCCCACUAUACAGUUCACUGCAAAGCUACACCGACUCAUGUUCAGUUUGUGCACUUGCAUGUUGUCCUGCAAAACUGUCUGCUUAUCAGCCAGCAGCCAGCCUGUGCUGUUGUUAUGCGUGGUCUAGAUACAGAUUUUUUCCACUUUUCUUUGUUAAAUAUUGCGAUAUUUCUGACAGCUCCUUUCUCCAGCCUGUUGAGGUCUCUCUAAAUAGCAUCCCUAUCCUCCAGCCUAUUGACUGCUCCAUCAGUUUGUUGAGGAUGUAUUCUGCCUCACUGACCACGUCAUAAAUAAAGAUGUUAAACAGUAUCAGUGCCAGUAUCAACCCUAAACAAUGUCACUAAUAAGCAGCCAACAGCUGGAUUAAGUACCACCAAUAAAAACCCUCUGAACCUAAUGGCUCAGCCAAUCUUCUGCCCGCCCACCUAAAGAGUCUGCUUAUCCAGUCCAUAUGUCAACAAAGCGUCUACACUUACUGUACAAGAGACGCUCUCAAAGGUAUUGCAGCAGCUCAGGAGAACAGCAUCCAUUGUUCUAUGCCUGUCACAGAACCAGUUGAUUCAUCUUGGAGUUGGCAGGUAAAAAGGAUUCAUUUCUUCUCCCUUUGCACAGCUGGAUUUCCCAAGAAACCAAACCCCAAGGAUUCUGAAGCAAACUGUCUCAAUAUGUAUUUACAGGGAACAUACAUAGGUCAGCAUACUGUUUCUACUCACAAUUACCUUUUCUAUCCUGUUUUGUAGAGAUGACUUCUGUUCUCAAGCCCCGAGAAUGCAAAGUGACCAAAAAACCCAACAAGAGCUAUGGAUUCUUCCUGCGUGUGGAGAAAGACACAGCAGGACAUCUCAUCCGGAACGUGGAAAAGAACAGCCCUGCUGAAAAGGCUGGCUUGAAGGAUGGAGACAGAGUCCUCAGGGUUAAUGGUGUGUUUGUAGACAAGGAGGAACAUACAAAGGUGGUGGAGAUUGUGAAGAACAGUGGAAAUUCUGUUGUAUUUCUUGUUCUGGAUGAAGCAUCUUAUAAAAAGGCAGAAAAGGAGGGAGCGAACUUGGAAGAGCUAGGUCGAAAGGUAUCAAAAGGAAAGAAGAAGGAGAAGCAGCCCACAUUGCCCGUGGCCAAUGGAGCAAUCACUGCAGUUCCACAACCACGGCUCUGCUACUUAGUGAAGGAGGAGAAGGGCUAUGGCUUCUCCCUGAAAACCACAGAAGGUCAGAAGGGGUUGUUCAUAGGGGACCUGGCAUCACAAGGAGCAGCCGCAAAGGCAGGUGUCCAAAACAAAGAUCGCCUGAUUGAAAUCAAUGGAAAAAACGUGGAAAAUGACACCCAUGAGGAGGUGGUGGAAAAGGUAAAGAAGUCUGGAAAUCAUGUUAUCCUUCUACUUUCAAAUGAAGAAACGGACCGCUAUUACACAAGCCGGAAGAUGGUGCUAAGCAAAGAGAACGCCAACCUAAAACUCCUUCCUCUUAAACCAAGACUUAUUGAGCUUCAGAAGGGAAAAAAUGGUUAUGGCUUUUAUCUACGGAAGGAACAAAACACAAGUGAUCAUGUAAUCAAAGAUGUUGAUUCCAAGGGCCCAGCAGCCAAGGCAGGUCUCAAAAAUGAUGAUAUCUUGGUAGCCGUCAAUGGUGACCGAGUGGAUGCACUGGAUCAUGACAGUGUAGUGGGAAAGAUUAAGCAGUCUGAGAAAAAAACCACACUGUUGGUAGUGGAUAAGGAGACUGACACCAUGUAUAAGCUGGCUCAGAUUUCCCCCUACUCAUAUUACUACAAAGUACAAGACCCAGCUCCAGCUAAAACAGAGGAAAGAGUGGAGCUGCACGCUGAGCAGAAAGUGAACCACAAGCCAAGAGUCUGCAAGAUGGUGAAAGGGCCUAGUGGAUUUGGUUUCAAUUUAAACAUGAACAAGAACAAACCUGGACUAUUUAUUAAUGAGGUACAAAAACACGGGCCAGCUGACAUAGCAGGGGUAGAAAAUAAUGAUGUUUUGGUGGAAGUAAAUGGGGUGAAUGUGAUAAAUGAGCCCUAUGACAAUGUCGUGGCAAAAAUCAAAGAGAGUGGUGACAAAAUAACGCUACUGGUGUGCAGUCAAGAUGCUUACAAAUACUUCCAGGACCAGAACAUUCCCAUCACAGACUCUAUGGCAGAUCCAGUCCAUGGUACUUCUGAACCUCCUGCUUAUACAGAAACCUCAGCAGCAGAGUCAGAGAGAACCUCACCUGAACCAAGAGAAAGGGCAAGCUCAUCUUCCUCUUCACAAUCAGCUGCCUCAGCAGGAGCAGACAGUGACAGCAGCGAUGACACAAGGUUCUGAGGAGACAAACUACGCCGAGAACAAAAAAGAAAUCUUCCAAAUUCUCUGUCUUCAAUCACUCUUUGCUACUGCAACUCCAGGACUUGACUAUCCCUACGACUGCCAGAGCUGUAAGGGACCGCAUGUCUUACUGAAAUGCAGCUGCCUGAAAUAAGCACUUCAGCAUAUCCUGCAGUCUCUUAACAUGCUGCAAUUGUACUUGAUUCACAAAAAGCCUUGUGAAGUGGGGAGUAAGCCACUUACUACUGUAAAGGCUUUAAUAAUUAGAGGUACAUAGUUAAGUAUACUGCAGCAAAGGGAGGAAAAAGUUCAUAAAUUCCGAGCCUUUUAAGGAUAAGCUUUUAAUAAAGACCAACUGAUUUCUCACCAUCUCCCAGUAGAGGCAGUUCUCCUUCUAAUCCAAACCCAUUAACACAACCUUGGAGGUGACGAUCUGUGCUGUAUUUGUGGCAGUACAACCUCUAGGAUAUGUCAUAAACCAACAUACUCCAUGCAAUACACUCCUUCUUUCUACUAACACUGCAGAAAUUUCUUUCAAACAUUAAGUUACCUUCAUAAUUCAUAACUCAAAACCUAAAACCUUUAAGCACCGUUUUCUCUCCUCUGUCUACAUUUGUGGAUCAUAGUGGUUAGAAGUGUAAUUCAGUCGUGCAGGUUUGUCUAACUCCAAGUCAGCAACACAUUGUCUUGGAUGUGAUAUAAAUGGCUCUGCAACAUUGCUAUUGUAUGCUUUGCCUCUUUCC